AUGACAAGGAGGGAUGUGUAUGGAACAAAUGAUCGAUUUUUAAACAAGGAAUGGGCUCUUGAUAGCUCAAGUGAAACAACAACAGUUGCAAGUAGAACGUCAAAGACUGAUUUGGAACCGUCUGUUACAAGGGACGUUUUCAUGGAAGAAAAUAAAGGUUGCUACAAAGCGGAUAAAGAAGCCGUAAUAAAAUCUGUUACUGGUCCAGCCGAACCAGAGGAUGAUGAAGAUGAAGACGCAACACAGAAUAGUUUGAGUAAGCAUGCAUCUUUGGACUCCAUCAUUCUCCCGUUUGAUACGAAAGAGACCCAAUCAAUAGAUAGAAACAUCGAAAGUAAAGUGGUAGAAAAUGAACCCUUGUUGACAAAUGAACGCCUACGGUCUAAAAUUGAUGAGUUAGAAAGGCACUUAUCGGGAGCCAAUGAAUUUGAAGAUGCCAAACUGCAGAAUGAGUCGUCGUUUCAUGAACAAAUGUCUCAUUUUCUAACAAAUGCAAGUAUCUCCUUUGAGGAAUCACUCUGUGGUUGUGAUAGUCCAAGUAUCCACAAAUCUGGAAUUUAUUCUGCUCACAAGACAACUUCAGAACCGAGAGGGAAAUGGGAAGGCAUAGAAAUCAUGAAAUCUCUGGGGGAUCUAUCACUGGGAAAUAGCGAUUUUAGAGAAGAAACGAUAGUUGAGACUGGGAGUAUAAACUUCAAAGAACUAUACAGUCAUGAGCAAAGCCCAGAGUCUCUGUCUGUUUUAAAAUUUCAAGCUCGUGUAGAGAAUCUACAUUCGGCCCCUCCCAAACUAGAGUGUACUGGAUCACAUUUACUUGCAGAUUCCCAUUCAGUACAGAGCACUUUUCAUCUUCCUUGUGAUCGUACACGGUCUGAUAUUACCCUUUUAAAGUCUGCAAAACCGCAUAUCGGUGGAUCAAAUUUGAAUCCCAGUCAGUUGUAUUCCAUAGCACAAGGGUUUUAUGAGGAUGAAUAUAAGGAUUCUCCUUUACAAGCUUGCUCACAUUCAUCAAGAACAACUUUGCGCUCUUCAAAGGUUAGCCAAGAGUUGUCUCAAAGGACUCGUAGUGAUGAAUUUCAAGAGGAGCAUGGUUGCCAGCUACGAGAAUCGCAGAGCUACAAGGGUAGACUCCCACAAGAUGAAGAAGCAGAGUAUGCAACUAGGGACGUGCGUGAAAAGACUGAAUACAACAAGGUUAAAAGUAAAACACAUCCAUUGUGUCGAGUCUCGAGUAUUCACAAAAACGACCCAAGGAGAAAUCGUACAUUAUCCCUGAAAAGACUCAAUACUCCCGACACUAGAGAUGAUGGUUUGGAAUUGGCUACUCCAGACUUUCAACAGGCAAAAGGUAGGCGCAUAGAAAAGCUAAAGAUAAGGCCGCUAAGGCAUAUUCGACACAAACUCCUGAUUGAUGGAUUUGAUGCCACCGUCUACAUUAUCAACUCGAGUAAACGUGCGACCUCGUCACUCUGCACGAUCAUGUUUGACUACGACAAGGACACAUUGAUGAUAAAAUCAAUGAACAAUUUAUUCGAAAUUAAUGCAACAACUUUGGUUUCCGAGGAAAUACCAACGGUCCCAAACGCACCAAUCCUGCUCAAACUCUCCGUUUUAAACGUCAAGACAUCGGCAGUCGUCAUACAGAGCAUGAAUGGCCGAGACCUGGAGAUUCUAGGCGGUACAAUAGGCUGGCUGGAGAAUGAUGGAAUGGGAGUACAGGAUGAUGCCAUGGCCUAG